AUGGAGGUGAGUAUGUCUCUAAACGCGUUAACUCGGCUUCCGCUGAAGAGCACGGGGAGAUUCGAAGAGUUUGGGCUAGCGAGACACUCGCUGUUCACCUCGAGAACGCCGCCAUGCCGAGAGAGGAACGUGCAGCAGCAGCGUCGGAUGGUUUUUACGGUGGAGGCGAAAGGGAAAAAAGGUAUGGGCUCUCGUCAGAAUCUUCGUACGCCUCCUCCUAUGCCCAAAAUUGAAGAAGACGGAAACCCUAGAUUCGUUAUCUUCAUUCGUAUGGCCAAUGUGUAUCUUUGGUAUCCUCUGAGUAUAAUAGCUGGUGGUACCACAGCGAAGAUCAUGGUUGCUGCGAAAGAUAACCUCUUGGGGAAGUAUAUAUACAAAGACACCAUUGCAAGAAACAUUGCUGCUGUUAUUUACAGAGAUGAGAAGGAGAUACAAAAGACAGCAAUUAAGCAGCACAGAGUCUUGCGGUCAGCCACUGAGUUUCGAUAUGGCUACAAACUUGUUGAAAAUGGAAACAUGAGAGCUGCACUUAGUACCUCUGAUGUUAUCGAGCUCCCAACGCAAGACCAGCUUAAAACAGUGUUCGACAAAGUGAAAGACUUUUUUGGGGAUGCAAAAGAGUCAUUCGGGAAGAUAUCAUCGCUGAAUCCUGGGACAGAGGGAGAAACUGAAGAAACCACAGAUGAGAAAGCCAAGGUCCAAAGUUGA